AUGAUAGAAUACAAUAUAUCACCUGCCGAACGGUGUCGUAGAACAGUCACUCACUCACUCACGCACGCACGCACGCACUCACGCACUUACUCACUUACUCACUUACUUACUUACUCACUUACUUACUUAGUUACUUACUUAGUUACUUACUUACUCACUCACUUACUUACUCACGCACUCACUCACUCACGCACUUACUUACUUACUUACUUACUUACGCACUCACUCACUCACUUACUUACUUACUUACUUGCUUACUUGCUUACUUACUCACUUAUUUACUCACUCACGCACUCACUCACUCACUCACUCACUCACUCACGCACUCACGCACGCACUCACACACGCACGCACGCACAUGUCGAGUUCGUAGGGUAA